AUGGAGGCAGGAGAGUCGGGAAAGACGGCGCCCGCGAUAGGGGCAGUGACCGCCAAUACCGUCCAGGCAAAGGACGAGAAUGCAUCACCGGCCCACGAGGCCGGAGAGGAAGUCAAAAAGUCUACUUCGACGGAGGGAAAGCAGAAGACCAAGGCCAAGAAGAAGACCAAACGCGCUAUGAAGAAGAGCAAGCGGAAGGAAGAGAGCUCCGAUUCCGAAAGCAGUAGUGAUUCUAGCGCGAGCGAUUCCGACAGUAGCGACACUAGUGAAGAUGAACGAGCCAAGAAGAGGAAGAAGACGAAAGCUGUGUUGAAAAAGGCAGCCGAAAAGAAGAUGGCGAAGUUAAAGGCUCAGGCUCAGGCGAAGAAAGGGAAGAGCAAGAAGCACGACUCCGGGGACGACUUCUCGUCCGCAGAUAGCGAUUCAGAAUCUGAGUCCGAGGACGAGAAGAAGAGGCGCAAGAAGAAGGCUAAAGCCAAAAAGAAGAGCAAGAAGUACGAGAGCUCUGAUGAGGAGGUUAGCUCGUCAUCGUCGUCAUCGUCGUCUUCUGAUAGCGACUCCGAGGAUGAGAAGGAGAAGGAGAAGAAGCGGAAGCGGGCUAAGGCUAAGGCCAAAGCGAAGAUCGCGGAGAGGAAAGCAAAAGCCCAGGAAACGGACUUAGCCUCAUCAAGCGGAUCGGAGAUCGAGAAAGAUGAUACGGCAGCCUCCACACCCGACACGCCCGCGACGUCAACAGGCUCAAGCGGAUUCGAUGAGAUCGCCGCUCGUAUGGCAGAGCUGCGGGCGGAACACGCGAAGCUCAGCCUGCUCCAGCAGCAACAGCAGCAGCAGCUCGUAGUCCCUCCUUCACUUUCUCCUCUACUGAAGAAGACUAAGAUCGAAGCUGCUAAGGCAGAUGACAAGAAGGCAGUCCCGUCGAAGAAAAACGCUCUUGAGUUCAAGCGCGUGGAUCAGGUGUGGGAUUCGAAGAUCCGGGAUUACAAGUAUACGGAGAGUGCAGAGGAGCAGAAGGAUGAUUUCGAUUGCGUAUUCACGGUGCGGAGAAGAUUCGGCUGGGAUAACAAGUACAUGGAGACGCAGGUUGAUAUCAAAUCAAAAUUGCUUCGAAAUGUGCUCCAGGCUGUCUUCAAGGACUGCAAGAGUAUAAGCUUGGUAGAAGAUACUCCCAGUAUUCACCCGCACACUCUAUUCCUCUACUACGACGAGAUUACCAGAUACAUCAAGAAGACGCUAAAGCCUCAGCUCAAGCGCGCCAAGAAGAGGAAAGACAAGAAGCAGCUAGAGCAGCAAAUCUCACAAUGCAAGCUCCUCGCGCGCUUCAUCGACGAAGACUAUGAAGAGACGCGCAAGACUCUGAAGCCGAUGCUCAAAGCGGGCACCAUCACAUACAACCUCGUCUGGGCGCUCUUCAAGCCGAACACCAUUGCGUACACGCCGACAUAUGGCAAUAAGGACGAUCCUCGGUGCUUCAAAGUGGAUUCAGCAUACGAGGAAGAGGAUUGGUUUGGAAACAAGAAGUGGAAUAUUGAUGGAAGGUACUUGGAGUAUGAUGGGAAAGUUUUCGGGCUGGGUGAUCAUUUUGUGCAGAUUCCAGCUUUCAAGGGCCCACGGAAGAUUGUGAAUCUUGCAGCAUAUCCGCUGGAGUACCACAAGGACCCCGAGGGCCUAAAGGAACAGCUCAUUGAGCGCGGUAAGAAGUUUGUAGCGCUGCAAGGCAUGAACUACCGCUUCCAUAGUGGUCUAGGGUACAUGAAGCAGAAACGCGCCGUUGCUAAGAUCACUAUCAACGGGCGGGUGAUGAUCGAUCCCGCCAUUUUCCGUCGCAUAAACCCGAACUACCCGUUAUCAUAUAUCAAGCAGGACGAAGUGAGUCAGGACCAGUCAGACGAUGACGAUGACUCCGAGGAUGAGGGCUCCGCUUGUUGUUCAGAGGCCGACGAUGAGUCUGACGACGAGAAGCCGAAUGGCCGCUUGAUCAUGUGGAAAGAUAAGCACGGCAAGAAGCACCUCAUUCGCAUCCCUCCGGGUGAUAAAGGCCCGGACAUUACUGGGCAGAAGCUAGAGUCAGUGGAAGAUGAGGGCGAAGGCAUCAAGCACACGUUCACCGAGGAAGAGCUGCUCAUUGCCUCGCCAGUCGUCCUGGGCUUCGCGUUUUCCGAGAAGUUCUGGCUGGAAUUCUCGCUGUCUGGGAUCCGAGAAAUCGAGUGGAACACCGAGGCCUUUGACACGCUCGUCCUGCCCAAGCACAUCAAGCAGAACCUGAAGGGCCUCGUCAGCUCGCACCGCUUCAACGCCGCGAAGACCAUCGACGAUGUCAUACAAGGCAAGGGCAAAGGCCUCAAUGUUGUGCUUCACGGUCCGCCUGGUGUCGGCAAAACGCUGACCGGCGAGUCGAUCGCGGAGUACCUCAGGUGCCCGCUGUACGCUGUCUCGGCUGGCGAGCUGGGCACGAACUCGGCCUCUCUCGAACGAGAUCUCAACCGCAUCAUGGAUAUCACACACUCAUGGGGCGCCAUUUUGCUCCUCGACGAGGCUGACGUGUUUUUAGAGGCGAGACAGCCGCACGAUAUCCACCGCAACAGCCUCGUCUCUGUGUUCCUUCGUCUGACCGAGUACUACCAGGGUAUCCUCUUCCUCACCACGAACCGCGUAUCGACGUUCGACGAAGCAUUCCAGAGUCGCAUACACAUGGGCAUACGGUACGAGAACUUGACCGCGAAGGCGCGCAAGAAGAUCUGGCAGCAUCACGUCGGCAAGGUGCUCAAGAUGGCGGGCGAGGACACGGCGCACAAGUGCAAGCCCUUCCAGGACAGCGACUUUGACGAGCUCAGCAAGAAGGUAUUGAACGGGCGGCAGAUCAAGAACGCUGUCAAAACGUCCCAGUCGAUUGCCGUCGCUGAGAAGGGCACCUUUGGCAUGGAAUACAUCAAGCGGGUCAUGGAGGUGCAGGAGGCCUUCGAAGAAGACAUGAGGGGCGGACUGGGUUACCGGGACGCGAUGAGGCAGUACACCUGA